GCAACUUAGGACUUUACUGUCCUCUACUGUAGAUUCCGCUUUCUCUUUAAUCUUUAAAGAUAAAAUAACUUAAAAGUUAAUUACAAGUCCUGAGUGUCAGCUGACGUGAUUCUUCUGUAAUUCUAAACUGGACAACGUCACGUCAGUUUCGUUGUCACAAAACUUUCGAUCUUGUCAAAUGUUUAAUACAAUAGGUUAUUUGUAAUCUAUGUUUAAAUUAAAUAUCUAUUUUAUAUAUAACCAUUAUAUAAAAACUGUGCGUUCUACAGAGUUACAACAAAUUACAAUAAUAUGACAGCCGGGAUACUGCUACAGCUGGGUAACACAGCUAAUAAAUGGCCUCAACUGCAAAUAUCACAAUAUAGACAAAUAAGGAACUUGAGAAAAUUUGGAAUAUCCGUAAAAAAAUCAAAAUUUUCUUCUCCAAAUGUUGAUGUCGAACUUGAAAAAAUACAAUCUUCAAAACUGUGGAAGCAUCUCGGUUUUACUGUUUUAUUUGGUGGAACUUCCAUAGUGGGUGCUGCAAUUUGGGAAUAUGAAAAUAGCAGACAAGAAAUGUAUAGAAUACUUAAUUAUUAUAAACAGAUUCAAAUUAAUCGAACAGGAUGGAGGGCUAAGAUGGAAACAUGGUGGAGAAAUUUGACAGAGGGACAAAGAGUAUUUGUGCCUAUACUUUUCUUAAACACAAUUGUAUUCUUGGCUUGGCGAGUACCAGCAUUUCAGAAGACUAUGGUGCGUUAUUUCUGCUCUAAUCCUGCCUCCAGUGUAUCAUGUUGGCCUAUGGUAUUCUCCACAUUUUCUCAUUACAACAUAUUUCAUCUGGCUGCAAAUAUGUUUGUAUUACACAGCUUCAGUUCAUUAAUUGUGUCAACAUUGGGGAAAGAGCAAUUUGUGGCUCUUUAUUUAUCAAGUGGAGUGGUAUCUAAUUUUGUUAGUUAUAUAUAUAAAACUAUUCUUAAAUUACCAGUUAUGUCUUUGGGAGCGUCAGGAGCUGUCCUAGGCGUUAUUGGAUUCACUAGCACAGAGUAUCCCACCAUGCCACUAUAUUUAAUUUUUCUCCCUAUGUUCACAUUUUCAGCCGGUGCGACAAUCAAAACAUUAUUGGUUAUUGACACUAUUGGUUGUAUCGCACGAUGGAAAUGGAUUGAUCAUGCUGGACAUAUAGGUGGUACAUUAUUUGGGAUAUUCUGGCAAGUUUGGGGUCGUAAUAUUUGGGAUCAUCGGAAGCCAAUUUUGACUUUAUGGCAUGAGUUCAGAGAACCUCGAAGAUCACAAUAAUAUUUUUAUAUAUCUUUAAACUUAGGCUCCUAUUUGUUGUAUUUUCUGCAACAACAUGUGUGUCUUACGUGAAAAUUAUAAAAUUUAUGUCAUGAAGAUAUAUAUAACAUAUUACUAUAUAAGCAACAUAUAAGGAUUAAAAAUUUUACAUUUCUACUAUUUAUAUAUAAUACUA